AUGAGCUCAAUCUUUGCUCUUAAUUUGACAGUAUUGUUGUCAAUUGCUGGCAUCAUUAGAGUUGGAUUUUACGUCCGUAAACCCAAGGACCAGUCUGUAACUUAUGCAGACUACGAUGGAGAAAGUACGUCAGCAUCGCAGAAACACUUUAAUUCGAGGUUUCCGAAGAUAUUGUUGGUGUUGCUGUCUAUCGCAGGUCUUGGGGUGAAUCUUGGCUUGCUCUUAAUCGAUAGAGCACGGCCGAAAAGCGAAGUCGUGGUAAACUGGCUCACCACCACGACAUGGUCGGUCCUUGUGACGUCUUUACGGAUUCCUAUCAUUGCUUUUGAACUGGGUUUACUCUUGUCAUUGUCAAGCCUGGUCCUCGUGGCAGCAUCGGUAACCAAGGACCGCAAUGCCCUUACUUCUAUUAUAAGGGAUCGCUCCCUAGUCUCGUGUCUAAGGAUCAGUGGAAUGAUUAUCCUAAUCGGCCAGAGCUUAGGCGCCUUGUGCAUUCCGAGACGGCCAGACGUCUUUUGUGAUGGUCGACUAGUCGACAGACGUUAUACCGAGUCAUUUUUGAGUCGUAUAACAUGGAGCUGGUGCGCAGAGACGUUUCAAAACCGGUCAGAGAAAGAUCAUCUUAAUAUACGCGAUCUACCAGGACCGAAUUGUGUUAUCCGAGCAAAGGACACGACUUCGGAAUGGCAGGGCUCUGAAUCAGGGAGGUCACUCUCAAAAUCGAUUAUAUUUUCUCACCGAUUCAAAUUCGCACAACAGUGGGCUUUGACGAUUAUAGGCUCACUCCUCGAUUUUGCACCACAGUGGUGCGUCCUAAAGUUUCUCCGGAUAAUUGAGCAAAGAGAUAUUCGGGGAACACCGGAAGAUGAUGCAUGGCCUUGGGUGAUCGGAAUUGCUCUUACCAUGAUGGCACAGUCUUGGACCGAAUCAUACUCUUCUUGGAUUUCAUCAGCAGAACUAUGCAUCCCCGUUCGAACACAACUGUCGUCACUCAUCUUUGAGAAGGCUACACGGCGGCAGAAACCCAAAGCUGGGGGGGCUAGCAGUGAAACCCAGGCCGCUCAGAGCAAAAGCACCAAAGAGAAGGAGUUCAGUGCAGAUGGAGACAAUUUUUCGACUACAAACUUAUUUAGUGCCGAUGUGCGCCGUGUUUCUGACUUCUGUUCGUUUAACAGGUAUCUUCCUGGAAGCCUAUGCAAGCUCGCGUUAUCUUGGAUAUUCUUGUUCCACCUCCUCGGGUGGCAGCCUCUGCUCUCUGGACUCUGUGCUAUGCUAGCUAUCACACCAAUUAAUGCUCUUUACAGUCGCAAAUACGCUGAGGUUCAAGGUCGACUGAUGACGGCAAGAGACGAGAAGAUGAGGUUUGUGUCCGAGGCACUUUCAGGCCUCCGAUUUAUCAAGUUUUCGGCUCUUGAACAUGAAUGGGAGGAAAGAAUAAAUCGACUUAGGGAUAUGGAAGUGUCUCGCAUCAGUGAGGCAUUCUGGUACGACACAGUUCUGAGCGGUUGUUGGAUCGCCAGCCCCAUUAUGCUGGCAACAGUGUGCCUCGGUGUUUAUGCAUCUAUCCAUGGCACCCUAAGCCCCUCGGUCGCGUUCGUCAGUCUCGGGGUUUUUGAUAGUCUCCAAGUUGCGUUGUCUUUUGUCCCGGAACUUAUGACCAUGUUCUAUGAUGCGCGAAUUUCCUCAAGACGAAUCGACGCCUAUCUACAGUGUCCAGGGAUUGAAAAAUCCACCCAAGCUGCCGAAGAAAUCGCUUUCAAUAACGCUACGAUUGCCUGGCCAGUUGACUCGGGCGACCGACUUUCCGACGUUUUCAUGCUCCGAAACGUGACAGUCUGCUUCCCUCAAGGUGAAUUGUCGAUCAUAUCAGGUCAAACCGGCGCCGGCAAGAGCCUUAUGCUUGCAGCUAUCCUCGGAGAUGUCGAAGUAUUGGCCGGGUCGGUAAGAGUUCCUAAGCAACCAGAUUUAAAUCGGCCUCAGCUUCAACAUGCUAUGACUAGACGAUGGAUCAUCCCGAACAGUAUCGCAUUUGUCGCCCAGACAGCGUGGCUUGAAAAUAAAACCAUCAAGGAGAAUAUUCAAUUCGGCCUCCCUUAUCACGAGGAACGGUACCGUAAAACAAUCAGUGUUUGCGCUCUGGAGGCCGACUUGGCUAUGAUGGAAGACGGUGACAACACAGAGAUAGGACCAAACGGUACCAAUCUUAGUGGCGGACAAAAGUGUCGAAUCGCGAUUGCCCGGGCGAUAUACUCGAGGGCUGGCAUCCUCGUUCUCGACGACAUCUUUAGUGCCGUUGAUGUUCACGUUGGGCGCCAAAUCCUUGUGGACUGCCUCAAUGGUGAACUUGGUGUUGGAAGAACCAGGAUCAUAGCGACACACCACAUUGAGCUUUGCAGACCCUAUGCCCGGUAUAUUUGCCAUCUUUCCGACGGGACUGUCAAUGUUAUUCCUACAAACACAUCUGAUCAACUUACCCAGGCUGGUUUCACCUCUUCCAACACAGGCUUUCAGCGUUGGGUACCAAACUACGAGACAGUGGCCCAGAGACCGUCCACAGGACCUCACCCAAAAGCUUUUGUCCAAGAAGAGACUCAGUCACACGGUGCCACAAAAAGGCACGUUUACCUAGCGUUCCUGGAGGCCAGCGGAGGUCGAUUAAUUUGGUGCUGUAUGCUCUCGCUUUAUGUACUGGUUCAAGCCCUUAUUAUAGGCAAGUCAUGGUGGCUGAGAACCUGGACAGGAUCAUACAAGCGAAGCGCUCACGAACUAGACGACCCCGUACGCACCUCCACGAUCCCCGCCGCAAUGCAACAUAACCUAUUUGCCGAGAAUGUACAAAUAACCAGCUUAUCAGGCUAUAGUUUGAAUCUCUACCUCGGCGUAUAUAUUUUGUUGUCCCUUGUGAGUGCGUUUCUGGGCACGGUAAAACUGUACUACAUGUUCUUCAGCUCAGUCAAAGCUUCAAAGGAGUUGUUCAGGAAGCUCAAUUUCGCUGUUCUUCGAGCUCCUCUACGCUGGCUUGAUACGGUACCAAGAGGCAGAGUUCUAAAUCGAUAUACCGCUGAUUUUCAUAGCAUCGAUACCCAUCUUGCACGUUACUUGGAAUUUGGACUAUCAUCAUUCUUCAACAUUAUCGGCAUAAUCUUGACUGGUCUUUUUGUCUCCCCAGCCAUCUUGGCCUUAGCCACAAUCUUAAUACUUGCUAGUGUAUCCUACGCCAGGUACUACCUCCAAUGUGCACGACCUAUCAAGCGCCUCGAGAGUGUAAUGGGGUCGCCGGUGUUUGAGCAUUUCGACUCUACUCUAUGCGGUGUCGCCACAAUCCGUGCCUUUGCAAAAGUCAACGACUAUAUCAGACAAAUGGAUAAGAAACUCGAUGACUGGGCAGUGACUACUUGGCACCUAGAGGUCUUCAAAGAGUGGAUGGCCUGGCGUAUAACGGCCCUUGGCUCGGUGUUCGCCAGUUGUGUCGCUCUUGUCAUCUGGUUGAAUCCUGAUGUGGAUGCAGCAUUAGCUGGAUUUGCACUAGCCUUCUCGUUAGAAAUUUCAAAAGCAAUACUGUUAAUCGUCGAUUGUUAUACAAAUGUUGAACUGGAGAUGAACGCGGUGGAACGUAUCGUGGAAUUUUCUGAAAUCCCGACUGAAAAUCUAGGAGGAUCAGAUGUUCCGGCGGCGUGGCCUUCGGAAGGGCGGAUUGAAGUUCAGGACUUGGUUAUCAGUUACGCAACAGAUACGCAGCCAGUUUUGAAAGGAAUAUCCUUUAGCAUCAAUUCGAACGAGCGAAUUGGUGUUGUAGGCCGAACUGGAGCAGGUAAAUCGACGCUGGCACUGGCUCUUUUCAGGUUUCUGGAGGCUGAGUCUGGCUCUAUCAUACUUGACGGCAUCGAUAUCGCCAAGAUCAGACUGUCUGAUCUGCGGUCACGGUUGGCUAUCAUACCGCAAGACCCGAAGCUGUUCUCUGGUACUUUGAGGUCGAAUCUGGAUCCUCUUGAUCAGUAUACUGAUGACGAACUGUUUGAGUGCCUCCGCCGGGCGCAGAUAAAUCCGGAGCAUCCGCUAGACGCUACGAGUUCGCCUACCCCUGUUAAUGGUAACCUCCACGAGAACAGCAGUGUUUUCGGCAGUCUCUACACCUAUGUGUCUGAAAGCGGUUUAAAUCUGUCCCAAGGUCAGAGACAGCUUGUUUGCCUUGCGCGCGCGAUCGUUGGUAAACCUAAGGUCAUGGUGCUUGAUGAGGCGACUAGCGCAGUGGACAUGACGACCGACACCCUGAUCCAAGCUUCCAUACGCAAGGAAUUUCAAGACUGCACAUUGAUAGUCAUUGCACAUCGAUUAAGUACAGUUGCCGACUUUGACCGAAUCCUGGUCCUGAGCGAUGGAAACAUGGCGGAGUACGGUACACCGAAAGAGUUGUGGGAACUAGGUAAGGGGGUUGGUGUCUUUAGGGACAUGUGUGAAAACAGUGGCGAUAAGGACAAACUUAGGGACAUAUGUUUGAACAAGACAUACGCCGCUGAUGCGGCCUGA